GUAGAGACGAGCUGCUUAAACGAAGUGAGGUCCCCUAGGCGUCGUUUGCAUUGUAGCAGGGAAAGAUCGAGGACUCGGGGUCAGGCUCAAAACAGAUAGAGAAGAAGGCAGCGGCGGCGGAGGUCGAAGUCGCCUCGGUGGAGGCGCCGGUGAGGUAGGUCGCGACGACGGAGCUCGAGAGGGAGAUCACGGCGGCGGCGGAAACCCUGCUCCGCAAAGGGUUCCACUUUGCAGAUAAGACCCUGAAUAAACACUCCCUCUCAAUUCCCACCCACGCCCUGCUCAAGACAACAAUUACGAUCCGACCGUUGGUCCUCCUCCGGACGGUCAGAAUUCCACCCAUCCUCGCAGCGGGCGCGCGUUUCGGCUCUUUUCCCGGCUCUCGGCCUCUUUCUGCUUCCUUCCCCGAAAUCGGCGCCUAAACCCCCACUCUCCCGUUCCGCCCCCGAAUUCCCCCUCCCGGCGAGGGAAAAAGCUCGUAUUUUUGUCGCCGGAUUCCCCGUCCUCCUCUCCCCCAACCACCGGAGAAGCGCCGCCACUCGUGGAUUUGGCGCCCCCCGCAGAUCUCCGGCGCACCCUGGGUCGGUCGGUUGUGUGGUGAUGGUCGGCGGGGAAGGGGAGGAGACCCAGGUCGUGGACGACGAAGGAACGCCGCCGUUGGGGUCUCCUGUUAGCGACAGUGAUGCGACGCGGAGCGGGGGCGAGGAGGAUGCCAACGGUGAUACGGCGCGGAGCGGGGGCGGGGAGGACGACAAUGGUGAUACGACAUGGAGCGAGGGCGAGGAGGAUGACAACGGCGUGCUGUAUGGUGAGACGCAGGCGCUGGAUGAUGAUGAGACCCAGGCAGUUGAUGAUGAAUUAGAGGAGGAGGAGGAGGAGGAGGUGGCUGGUGAUUGGGCGGAGACGCAGGUGGUGGAAGAUUCUGAGGAUGACAUCGAUGCUGCUGAGCAGAUGGUGACUCAGGCGGUGGAGGAAUGUGGGGAGGAUGGCGAUAUUGUCGGUGAGAAGGUGAAAACACAGGUGGUGGCAAAAUGUGAGGAAGAGGAAGAUGGUGACGGCAUGAGGGGUGAUGCUGGUGACUGGGCAAGGACCCAGUUGGUUGAAGAAUGUGAGGUGGAGGAUGGUGGGAACGGCGACUGGGUGGAUACCCAGUUGGUUGAUGAAUGUCAGGAAGAGGAGAGAGUGAGUGACAGCGGUGAUGAGGAUGUCGUUGACUGGGGGAGGACCCAGUUGGUUGAAGACUCUGAUGAAGAGAUAGGCGAUGAUGGUGAUGAUGAGUUGAGCGAGGGCACUCAAGAGGCAAGUGACGAUGAUGGCCUGCUGAAUGAUGAGACAGAUGUGAAGGCGCAUGGUGAUACCAAGAAUUCGGGAGAUUCUGACGCUUCCACAAAUGACGAGGGUGACACAGCUCAGGAUACACGACAACAUUCAACCAGUGGAACAAAUCUUCUGACAAAAAUAGUAGACAACUCUACCUCGUGUAGUGCUUCCCUUGGUGAUCACCCAGGUCUUGGGAUUGAUGACGAAUCUUAUGGUUAUGUACAGAGCCAUGAUAAAGAUGGAAGUAAAAGGAAAGGCAGGUGUUCAACAGCGAAGAAGCUUUUUGCUGACGCAACGCCCAAAAAUAAUGAAAGCAAGACCAGUUGUUUUGCUGGAUUAAGCUAUCUUGGAUCACAGGAGCCUGGUGAUCUAUCUCAAGCAAAUGCUUUGGAAGUUGUGGAGGGGUUGAUAUCAAUUAAUGGUGGUGUAUCAUCUCAAGAACCAACACCAAAGAAAUUAGAAAAAGCAAAGCCUCCUGUUUCACUUAAGAUGGGAACUCUAAAAUUGGCUGAGAAGGUUGACCGCUGUAGAAGUUCCAAUGGAAAGCCAGAAAUUUUUGCAUGGGUUGAUAGUCUUGAGGAUGAUGGGGGAGGCGAUUUUUUCUGUAAAAAUAAGGAUAUUUUGUUGCACAAACCAGCUGCUAGAGGGAAAUCAAAAUAUCCCAGGGCAAGGAAGUGCUCCACAAAAAUUGCACCUGCUGAAAAUAAAAUAACAAAUUCCAAACUUUGUGGUAGGAUUGAAACUUUACCUUCGUCAGAUUCAAGAUUACUCAAAAGUGAUGUGAAGAAGAGUAAGCGGGCUUCUGGAAACAGGGGUAAGAAAAACCUUUUGAAGGACUUGGAGGAUCAAUCAAAUGCCAAACCUAUGGAAGGACAGCAGCAAAAGGUCAGUGUAGCUGAUUCAAGAUUACUCAGGAGUGAUGUGAAGAAGAGUAAGCGGGCUUCUGGAAACAGGAGUAAGAAAAACCUUUUGAAGGACUUGGAUGAUCAAUCAAAUGCCAAACCUAUGGAAGGACAUCAGCAAAAGGUCAGUGUAGCUUUGAAUGAUGUAGGUCAAGAUACUCAAAUGGCUGUUGAAGCUAUAGAGGCACUGGCACAAAGUUCACCUGCUAAACUGUCAGUUGAAGGUGAACCUCCUGUGAACAGAGAUACAGGAGUUGGAUCUAAAAUGGCAAAAAUUCACUCAAAGAAUGGUCCUCAAAAGAGAAGCAGCAGCAUCCAGGAAGGUGUCAUGACACGUUCUAAAAGAAUGAAAGUAACUACUGACCUGAACCCCAGGCCUCAGAAGGGAAGAAGUAGAGGAACGAAAAUGCAAGAAAAUGCCGAAGAUCAUGGAACAAAGACAAAACAUAAGCCAGAAAAGUCAGUACCACAGAAGAAUAAAGUCCCAAAUAUAGUUGAUGGAAGUAAGUAUGGUGGCACGCCUAUUGCCCAUCGCACAAGGCACACUAGAAAUAACAUCUCUGAAUAUUCAGAGUUAUGUUCUAAUAAGCACUUGAAGAGGAGCAUGAAUUUGACAGCUGACAACUCCAGAGUUGGAGAAGUACGAAACAGUCAUAUUGCAUAUGAACCUGAGCAACCGACAGUUAGUGAAAGAACUACGGAAUAUGGUUUGAAUUCUGUUGAAAAAGAAAGCACCGAGCAUACAUGUGCAAAUAAUGCUCAGAAUCUUCAGAAGUGCAGAGCGCCCUCUUCUCACCCCAAACAGAGAAGAACACCUACAGCAAUGGUACAGGCAAUAGCUCCUGCAGUUACCCAAACUACCACAGAUCAUGAAAUACAACCAGAGGUGGCAAGGCCAUCCAAGAAAAGACGGGUUUUCGUUACGAGUUCUGAAUUACUGAAGUAUGCAAGGAGGGAACCUUCCAAUGGCAGAUCAACUUCUGUGCUGUCUAGUAUUAUCGCAAAAUCGUCAGCUUCUUCUCCUAUACUAAGUUCUUCUGUAAGAGUUACUAGCAAAACUUCUGGUUUUAGUAGCUCUGAUCAGCCGCAGAAGGAACCAUCUGAUGUUGAGGAUGCAAGCAGAUCACCAAAAAAUAACUUCCCAGUUCAGAGUAGUGCCCUAAAAACACCUUCGAAAGUGCUUAAUAAACUGUCACCUACUUUCAGUCCUCUGAAUCCAUCAAAAGCUUCAAGCAGGAGCUUGUCAAAACCUUCUGUUGCCAGAGAGCUGCUGGAGUUAGAUCCUAAAAAUGCGCUACCAAAUCGACAGCGAAAAGAUUCUAGGAGGAAAGAUAUGUCCAGUUGCAGUAUUUUAUUCAGUCAUCAUUUGAAUGAGGAUGUGAUCAAGCGUCAGAAGAAGAUCUUGGCACGCUUGGGAGUCUGUGAAGCAUUUGCCAUUUCAGAUGCAACACAUUUUGUGGCGGAUAGUUUUUUCCGCACAAUGAAUAUGCUAGAGGCAAUAACUCUAGGCAAACUGGUAGUUACAUCAAUGUGGCUAGAAAGUUGUGGACAAGCAGGCAGUUUUGUUGAUGAUAAGAAGUAUAUUCUGAGGGAUGCCAAAAAGGAAAGAGAGAUUGGUUUCAGCAUGCCCAUAUCACUGGCGUCAGCUUGCAAGCAUCCAUUGCUGUUGGGGAAAAGAGUGUUUGUGACACCAAAUGUGAAGCCAAGUCGACAGGUGAUAACUAGCUUGGUUUCAGCAUCUUCUGGGCAGCCAUUAGAGAGGAUCGGAAGAUCCAUAAGGAAGGAAAAGGAAGCACCAGAUGACCUACUGGUCAUCUCAUGCGAAGAGGAUUAUGAAUCAUGCGUGCCGCUCCUAGAGAAAGGCGGCAAAGUGUUCGACUCGGAGCUUCUUCUGAACGGUAUAGUCAUCCAGAAGCUGGAAUACGAGAGGCACCGCCUUUUCUCUGACUGUGUCAAGCAGACCCGUUCAACAAGGUGGUUGAAACACGCCGUCCAAGGCCGGUUUGUGCCUGUAUCGAAGAGUUGAUACCAGUGUAAGUUAUGGUGCUGCACAAGAUGCCUGUUUUAUCUCCAUCCUUGAGUCUAGCAGACCAUGUAACUCUAGCUCAGUUGUAGUUAAAAAUCUGUAUAAUCUGUAGGUGUUUAUAUGUGUUCAGCUUUCUUCCAUUUCUGAACCUGUGUUUACCUGUCUCUUUUUGGCCGGCUUGCUGCCCAUCUUGAGUUAUGGCCAGUUCUUAAUGGUGCCCUUGUGCUGCUAUUCGUUGUGUUGUGAUGCUAAUAGUUACUUUCAAAUAUGAAUGUAUUUGUACGAGGUCA